AUGGCGAUAAACAUACCCCUGCUGACAUUUCUAUCAAUAUUGCUUUUAUGUGGGAUUGCUGGAAAUUCUUUGGUGUUUUAUAUAUUCCUAAAGACGUAUGCACUUUCUACAUUUCGUUUAUUCGUAAUAUUUCUUUCUGCAGUUGACCUAUUCGUCUGCGCUUUUGCUAUUCCACUAGAGAUGAUAACUCUUAUGUUGGACUAUAAAAAUGAUAUAGGAUGGCUUUGCAAAUUGUUUCCUUUUGUCCUGUCAUGGCCUACAAUUACAUCUGUAUCCCUGUUGCUUGUAAUUGCCACUGACAGAUAUCGGAAAGCGUGUACGCCAUUUUCAUGGCAGUUUACUCAUAAAGCAGCAAGAAAUGUUUUUAUUUCUUGUAUAUUUGUAAGCAUGGGGGCUUCUAUAUUGUCUCCAGUAAUGUUUGGUGUGCGAAAAGCUAAGCACAGUCUUUAUAAUGUAACAAUAUUUCAAUGUGAGAUAACAGAAUCAAUGAAACAAACACCACUUCCACUGAUAAAUAGCAUCAUAUUUGCUCUACUGUUUUUUGGAUCAAUGACAGGAAUUACUGUUUUAUAUAUCUGUAUAGCUGCUCGUGUUAAACAGCAACUUAAACGGAAGCAUCAAAUGGUUGGUAGACAUGUACAUAGUAGAAACGCAAUGAACAUAGGGGACGCAUCUAAAAGGGUCGCUGAAAAACAGAAAAGAAACUGCUAUGGAAUAGAUGCCGGAAGAUCUACGUGCAACAUUGCACUUGAUUCUGGCUCAAUUGAUACAUUCAGUGAAAAGAAACAAGACACAUUAGAGGAAGAUCAAAACCACAAAGAAAAAUCUCUGACCACAAAAUCCAGGUCUUCAACACAGAAAAUGGGAACCAGUAAGAACAGAACGACACUGGUUAUGUUUACGGUGUCAUCAAUGUUUUUCAUCUCGUUUGUACCAUCAACUUACUUAAACGUGACACGAGUUUUGAAGAAAGGUUUCUUAGAAUCUUUAAACGAUUCUGAAAGAUCGGUAUACAAAUUUUUCUUUCGGUUUUACCUUCUUAACAGUGUGAUCAAUCCAGUGAUAUACGGAAUAUUUGAUCCUCAUUUCAGAAAUUCUUGUAAAAGGCUUUUCUGUUGCAAACGCCCCUGAAAGAGAGGGAGAGAGGUUUCUGUGAUAAACUGAUAUAUGGAUUAUUUUAUCCAUGAUGUAGAAAUCCGUGCAUAUUCAUAUAUCAAACAUAUAUAAGUGAUAUAUUUGUUUUGAAAUAUUUAAAUGUAAUAAGCAGGUGAUAGACGGCAAUGCUGAUAAUAGAAUUUAUGUAUACUUAAUUUAC